AUGCCGGAAAUAGGCUCUGUGCUCAUUGAGUCUCAAAUGAUGAACGAUCGCACAGUCAGAACAGCAACAUGUCAAAAAGUCGAAGUGAGGGUACAGAAGACCAUCUCCAAUCAUCCACUUCCUGCCAUGGCCCUUCGUAUGCUGUUGGGAAAGCUACUGCGAUUCUUUGUCAGUGUGGAUGGCAGAGUACCUUAUUUAUCGACCCUUCACAUUGGUAUACCAAAGGUGACUGAGAUUCUUCUCGAAGGGAACGUGAGGCAACACUUCCACGUCAUUCGAAGCCUCCUGGGGCCGCUCCGCAGCAUUCUGCGUCAUUUGUCAGGCCCAGGAGAUAUAUUGAAGACACUUCUCCUCAAGGAUCUUGAUGAGGCAGGUGUCAUGGAUCCAAACCUCAUGAGACGGCUGGUAUCAAACGCAGCCUUCGGCGACACCGACGAAAUACUCGCUCCACCAGAGGAUUUACGCCAGAUCUGGAAACCUGUGGCGAGAGAGCGAACCGCGCCAGACAACGGUGGAAAGUUCGGCAAGUCCACGGGAGAUUUAUAG